CCCGGAUCCAUUGCAGAGACUGCAAAGUCCAACUGUGACCGUUUCCUGCAGGAUAUUGCUCCACACAGUCAACGCUCAGAGGCCUGACAAAAAGAGCAGGAGGGUGGAACACCACUUCCUGCUCAACCAUGACUCUCCUCACGUUCCUCUCACUCCUGGUGAAUGCGGGUGUCGCCCUCCCCCUGACAGGUUAUUUCUGGCACAUCACGGAUGUGCACUGGGAUCCAGAUUAUAAAGUGACCGACGAUCCUUGGGCUGUGUGCCCUUCAGCUCUGGAGCCUGUAAGGAACCCUGGCAAGUGGGGAAGUUACCUUUGUGACUCUCCUUGGGUCUUGGUCGAAUCAUCGAUCUACGCCAUGAAGGACAUCUUACCCAAUCCAAACUUUAUCAUUUGGACCGGGGAUGACACUCCACACGUUCCCAACGAGAAGCUUAACGAUGAGGCAGUGCUGCGGAUGAUUGGCAAUGUGUCACAGCUCAUACAACAGGUGUUCCCAGAUACCAAGGUUUAUGCUGCAAUGGGAAACCAUGAUAUUCAUCCAAAGAGCCAGUUUCCUGCUACUAGCCAUAUCAUCUACAAUCGAACUGCAGAGCUGUGGAGCCAAUGGUUGGAUGGAAGUUCAACUCCCACCUUCCUGAAAGGUGCCUUCUACACGGAGAAGCUGCUGAAUCAGGAAGGGCAACGAAUGAUUGUCCUGAACACAAACUUCUACUACAAUAAGAACAAACUGACUGCGAACCUGAAUGACCCUGCCGGCCAGUUCCAGUGGCUUGAGGAUGUCCUGUCCAGAGCUGCAACAGCAAAGGAAAAAGUUUAUAUCAUUGGUCAUGUACCUCCUGGAUUCUUUGAAAAGAAAAGGGGAACAUUUUGGUUCCAGGAACAUUUCAACAAAAGGUACAUCAAACUUAUCCAAAAGCACAGCCAAGUGAUAGCAGGGCAGUUCUUUGGACAUCAGCACCGAGACAGCUUUAAAAUCUUCUACUCCAACAAUGGUUCUGCAGUCAGUGCCAUGUUCAUUGCUCCUGCAGUGACUCCUUGGAAGACCACGUUAGCUGGCUUACAGGACGGAUCACAAAACCCUGGGAUUCGCCUCUUUGAAUAUGAUACCAACACUCUUCAGAUCUUGGAUAUGGUGACCUAUUAUUUAAACCUAACCUUGGCCAACACUUGGGCCCCACAGUGGGUGGAGGAGUACCGCUUAACAGAAGCAUUCCAGGUACCCAAUGGUUCAGCUGAAUCUAUGCAAUCUGUGCUGGAAAAACUAAGCUCGGACCACAGUCACCUGCAGAAGUAUUACAAAUAUAAUUCAGUUAGUUAUGACUUAGGGGAGUGUAAUGAAUGGUGCAAGAUUGAUCACAUUUGUGCUAUUAAAGAAGUUGAUCAUGCAGCAUACAAAAACUGCAUUAAUAAGGGAUCAUCCAAAAUGAAUGAGGUCUGUUUGCUGUUGUGUCUUUCCAUAUUAUUAUUUGUCCUCCUUUUUGAUUAUAAUUGAUUACUGCUUGAGUUUAUCCAUUUACAUUUUAAUCACAUCAUCUAAUAUUACUGCUGAACAUGGAUUAUGGCAAGUCCUUCUGGAGCAUAGAUCAGAUGGGCUGGAUGACCCGUGUCAACGUUAAGAUUUAGGUACUAACACAAGUUUGCCACACAUGGUCAUUCAUCCCAGUUCAAUAACUGAACUGGGUCAGCUUUCCGCUUCUCCCCCCCCCCCCCCCCUUUAAACUUCAAAAAUUUAUACUUCAAAAUCAAGUUAAUAUCUGAAGCUGCACUUUUGAAAGACCUACACAACAGGAGGAAGUGUUCCAGCCUUAAUACUAAGCUCAAGUCUCCUUUGUGAACCUGCACACCAAUACAGCCACUGAUCUACAUUAGUCUCUGCAGUAUUGUUAAAAAGUUGUACCUGUCUGGAAAGCUGUUGAUCCUCCCAGGACGUGCAUUUCAAAUUAAAUUAUAACUUCAGCUAAGUGUAAUUGGGCUGUUACAGCCAUUUUAAGAAAGCAAGUAUUGGAGAGCAAUUAGUGAAUAGCACCACACCCAAUUCAAACCACCCACAGAUGGAGUAUAUUUGAAUAAAAGGCCCAAAUGUAAAUGUAGAUAUACAACUGCCAAGAUUCAAGUGGGAAUAUGCACCACACCACAGUGCUCUAUGAAUGUGAGCAAUUUAAAGCAUGUCUCUACCACUAAUAUUUAUAUUUUUAAGGCCCACUAUGGUCAUGCAGCCUACAGAGAGGCAUGGAACACUUCCAUUUUCAGCACUCCAAGCAUGUUAAGCACUCCAAAUUAGGUACUGACAUCUGAAUGCGAAUUUAGAAUCAACUGUUCAGAAAUGUUUCAAGAUUACUCAUUUUCAAAAAAAAAAGGACAGCAGACUUGUUUUCUGAAUUCAGUUAAAAACAUUUUCUCAAACAGCAAUAAGCAAAAAUACUUCCCCAGCAUUUUAGUAAAAAGUGGCCCACACAGAUCAGCAAUUGCUUCCUCAUGGAAACAGGAUUAGUGGCAAGGGUUCAUACAAGGCAAACUUGAAGAUUCUGCCCAGGCUCUGGUCAGUACAGGAUGCUCAAAAACUGGACUUCACAAAUGCAAAGAGGACAAUGGAGGAUGGAUGUGUGAACACUUUUAUUAAAUAUGUUUAAGUGAAAAAUAAAAUCCAUUUAAAAAUGA